CACUAAAGGCGCCGUCCCUGGCAUGUUAGCAACCGAAAGCGUCCCUAGUAGCAGGGCUGCUGAGAUGUACGAACUUCCGGUUCUCCCGGCAGCUGCAGCAGCUGCCGCCUGUGCCACCUGCUGCGGCGGGCCUUAGCCCGGGAUUUGGUCACCCUUUCUUCGUUCUUCGCUGCUCCCAUGGUCCCACCUGGAGCCAGGGCGGUGGGCCCCGAAGCUCCCACGUGGUGAGAGGGCCGUCCGGGGACGAUGAAGGCAACGCACUAUCGCUGCUGCCUCAGCCACCUCCUCGCCUCCGCCCUCCUGCUGUUGCUACUACUGCCAGAGUUGAGAGGGCCUUUGGCGGUGCUGCUGCAGGCGGCUGAGGCCGCGCAGGAUCCCGGGCCUCCAGACCGUGGGCCGAGGACCCUGCAACCUCUGCCACCUGGCCCCACAGCUCCCCAGUCCCCAGGCCGCGCUCAGGCCGAAGCCACAGGACCACGGGGCGCAGAGGGCGGCAAUGGCAGCUUUCCUGGGGCGGAGCUUGCUGCCGACCCAGGCGGGAAGGCGGGGGAAGAAGGCUCAGUGGGUGGCGUCCUUGCUGUGAGCCCUAACCCCAGCGACAAGCCCAUGACCCAGCGGGCCCUGACCGUGUUGAUGGUGGUGAGUGGUGCGGUGCUGGUGUACUUCGUCGUCAGGACGGUCAGAAUGAGAAGAAGAAACCGAAAGACUAGGAGAUAUGGAGUUCUGGACACUAACAUAGAAAACAUGGAAUUGACACCUUUAGAACAAGAUGAUGAGGAUGAUGAUAACACACUGUUUGAUGCCAAUCAUCCUCGAAGAUAAGAAUGUGCCUUUUGAUGAGAGAACUUCAUCUUUCUACAAUGAAGAGCAGAAUUUCUACAUUUAAGGAAUAAGAAGCCACUUUAUCAAUGGGGGGGUAUUUAAGUUACAUAUAUUAUGAUAACCUUAAUUUGUUGUUGCAAUAAAUACUCUAUCAUUUUGUUAUGUGUUUGUAUAGAAGUGCUCUUAAUGGGCUCAGAGUUGUUGGGAGUAAAUUGUACUGUAAUAUAAGUCUGAAGAUUACUUAAAAGCAGGGUGUUUUCUGAUCAGUUUUUCUUUCUUGCUUACCUUAUUAUUGUAAACUAUUUUAUAUACUAAUCAGUGUUGGGGUUUUUGUUUGGAUUUUGUUUUGGGGUUUAUUUUUUUGACUGGUUAAGGUUUUAUUUUUGUUUGGUUGGUUUUGUUUUUUUCUUUUGGAUUAUAAAUCCCAACAACGAAGUGGUGUGUAAAAAUAAUUUAAAAAUCUCUUUACCAAGAUGUAUUUCCCAUUUUUGUGGGGAAAAGAAGCCAAAUUUAUUACUUUGCAUUUGGGUUUCUUAAAUAUUAAAAAUGUCUGAGUUGUAUGCACAACAAUAAAUAUGGUUUAAAAUUCUUUGAAAGUAGUACAGACAGAAUGUGUUUACAAAAUAAACCCUAGACUAUAUAGAAUCACAUUAACAUAUGUAUUUUAUAUGAUUUCUAGAAAAAUAUGUCAAAAAGUGUUCUAUUUUAACUUCUUUAUUAAAUUAUGAUACUCUUGAUUAGAUAUUUCAGAAACCAGUGAAUUUCAAAACCAUUUAUGUACAGUAUUGUGAGAAACAGAAGUUACUGUGAAAAUGUUCUUGUCAUAUUAUGAUGUAAGAGUGUAAGGAAUUAAAAUAAAUGCAUAGACUUUGGAGUUAGACAGACCUA